GGGAGCAGAAGAAGAAUGAUGGACCGAAGCUAACGUUAGCUAGCAGGUGGGGCUCGGAAAAAAAUGUUGCGCUCUGGAUCUUUUUGUCUCCGAUUUCCUCUUCCAGUGAGUCACAGCGGAAGCUAAAAACACACCUCCGACAGCGUAACGACUCGGGUAGAAAACUAACACUGGUAGUGUGUUGCUAUAGUGAUUCAUUUAGUUGUUUUGGUGGGCUGUGUGUGCGUGUGUUUGUGUGUGUGCCGCGGGAGGGGGGUCGGUGGUGUCUCCUCCGCUCAGCUGUCCGUCACUUCAACGUCAGCUCAGCGACGCCUGGGAACCAGCAGGCAUGGCAGCUCCAGUGAACAUCCAGGCUCCCAGUAAGACCUGGGAGCUGAGUCUGUACGAGCUUCACAGGAGCCCUCAGGAGGCCAUUGUGGACGGGACAGAGGUGGCCGUGUCUCCUCGUGCUCUGCACAGUGAGCUCAUGUGUCCCAUCUGUCUGGACAUGCUGAAGAACACCAUGACGACCAAAGAGUGUCUGCACCGCUUCUGCUCCGACUGCAUCGUGACCGCGCUGCGAUCAGGGAACAAAGAGUGUCCCACCUGCAGGAAGAAGCUGGUCUCCAGGCGUUCGCUGCGCAGGGACUCAAACUUCGACGCCCUGAUCUCAAAGAUUUAUCCGAGCCGGGACGAGUAUGAGGCCCACCAGCUCCGGGUCCUGGAGCGACUCAACAGACUCCACAACAAGGAUGCGCUGAGCUCCAGCAUCGAGGAGGGGCUCCGACAGCAGGCCCGCUACAGGUCUGAGAGGAACCACCGGGUCAAGAAGCCGACCCAGGAGAGCGACAACACCACCUUCAGCGGGGCGGAAGACAAUGGCGACUCCCGCUCUCACCUGUCUCACGACUCCGCCCCCUCACACGCCCCUCACUCCCGUGGUCAGACCACCUCAGAGGCCGGACCGAGCAGAAAACGCCCCCGAGCGUCAGACGACGGCUCCGGGCCAGAGGCAGACAGCUGCAGCCCCAACCCUCCGGUGAGACGCCUCAAAGAGGGGCCGGCCUCGGAGAUCGAGCUGGUGUUCAGGCCACACCCACAACUGGUCCACGCCCAGGACUACAACCAGACCAGGUUUGUGAAGACGACAGCCAACGCCACCGUGGACCAUCUGUCUAAAUACCUCGCUCUGCGUAUCGCUCUGGAGGACGGGCAGAGCAACAAAGAGAGGGAGGACAGAGGGAGAGAAGAGGCAGCAGCAGAAGAGACUAAAGGAGCAGCAGGGAGCGGAGAGGGCUCGACUCUGAACCACGUCAGUGAGAAACAGUACACCAUCUACAUCAUGACGAGAGGAGGACAGUUCUCUACGCUGAACGGCUCUCUGACUCUGGAGCUGGUCAACGAGAAAUACUGGAAGGUGAGGAAACCGCUGGAGCUUUAUUACGCUCCCACAAAGGACCAACAACAACCACAACAACAACCACAACAAACCCCACAGCAUAAGUCCCCCCCUCCUCCUCCCCCUCCUCCUCAGAGGGAGGGGUGAGCAAGAGCAGCGUGAUGUUCUCCAUCUGAUUUAACCACCUGAAGUUAAGUUUCCACGUUUCACUGUUGUACUAUCUUUGUGUGUCUUUUAAGAACUGAAGAUGGUCCCACCAGGUUUCACAUGCAAAACGGCUUUUUUUAUUGUGAGUUCUGGAGGCGGAUUUAUCAAGAAGAACUAAACGGAUCGUCAGCGGAAAACAAACCGCUUAGCCGCUGCUGAAUUUCUGUGCUCUUAUAAUCCGGUGUGAUUUAUAUUCUGGAUUUUACGGUAAUUUAAAAAGCAACUUAAACAGACAAAGUGUCAAAAGAGAAUCUGCAGCUCAAAAUACUUCUGUAAGCUGUUCUGUUUUUGUGUUUAUAGCUUUUAAGACUUCAGAGUUUUGUAUUUACAUCAGCAUAAGAAACAUCGGGUCAGCGCAGUCGAAGUGGUCGUAAAAGAAACGUUCUUUCAGCAGUUUGAUCUAAACUUCAGGUUUGAAUUGAUCUAUUUAUGGAAAGUUUUGUAUGAUUUAAUUUCUAAGAUCUGAACGGGAGCUAUUUGUCGCUCUCAAUGAAAUUACAAGAUCCCGUUGUUGCCGUGGAAACGCUUGGCGCUACAAACAAAUGUUGCUCAAUUACUCUUUUAUCGUGCUGCAAAGGUUUUAACUGCUUUAAAUAAGACACAGAAUUGAUGUACUUCAACAUCUACGUUUAAAAAUGAGGCUUCAAUCGUUCCUGUUUCUUUCAUCGUCAAGGGCUGAAGGGGGGGGGGGGGCUUCCCAGCAUGCACUGGGGUAGACAGGGGGAUUAUUCACAUUUAGGCAGCAAUAUUUAACUUGUGAUGGGACUCCCUUCAUCCCUUUAUGAAAAGUUCAUUUACCGUAGUUAAGUGUGGUUAAAAUUAUGUUUUUCAAACUUGUGGACAUUUUUUUGUUUUCAUUUUUCCACUUUGUGACGUCAUAAAAAAAAAAUAAAAAAAAAUCACUUCAGCUCCUAAUUCUUCUUUAAAAGGUCACAUAUUCUCCUCCUCUUCAGUGUAAAUAAGUCUCAGAGCUCCUCAAAACAUGUCUGUGAAGUUUCUUGUUGUAAAUCCACUCUGAUCCUGUAUUUGAUCAUGCCUAUAAACCCCUCUAUUUCAGCCCUGCUCAGAACAGGCUGUUUCUGUGUCUGUACCUUUAAAUGUAAAUGAGCUGUGUCUGACCACGCCCCUCUCUGGAAGGGCUUCGUUGUCUCUGGCUUUCUGACUCCAUGUCCAAUUGUUAACAGUGAGAAGGCAGACUCAGAGGGCAGAACAAACACCUAGCUGUGGGAGUGUCAAACACCUGGGGGAGGGGUUACUGCCCUUUGUGAUGUCAUGAAGGGAACAUCUCCAAACAGCCUGUUUGAGCACACAUUUUCUGAAAAGUGGAGCAGGCAAAAGACGGAGAGGAUGGAUUUUUCUCAUCAUUGGGGGGUUUGUAGACAGACUAGAGACACAUAUUAGAGUUACCAUGGUAAAGUUUAUUUUGUUCAAUAUGUGACCUUUAAAGGGCAAUUACUGCUCUUUUUUUUUUUUUUUUAACAUUGGCUCUUUUUGUAUGAAGGUAUUUCAUAAACAAUUGUUUAGUAGAGGAAUGAAUCCAUCAUAUAUAGCAGGCUAACUCCUGCCAACGUGUUUGUGCAGUUGGACGGUGUGCAUGAGAUUGAAAUGACCACAUUUCCGGGACCUAGGACUCCUAUAUUAGUUGCCAUGUUAACCAAGCAGUUCUGGAUAUCAUCUGAUUUUUACUAGAAUUACAUUGAAGUUUAAAGCUCUGAUAAAGUUCCAGUACUAACUCAUAUUUACAGUUUUAAUUAUUCCUCUGUGAUGUCUGCAACACAGUCCUGUGAGGAACAUGCAUGAGAUUAUAGUUUUUGUCUGACGUCACAGAAAGGAGUCUGACAAAUAUGGAGACUCUUAAGUGUGUAAAAACAAAGAGCCAAUGUUUUAAAAGCAGCAUGAUUCCCUUUAACAAGCUUGCAUGGACAUUUCUUUCCAUUCCUCCAUCUUUAAAAAGCCAUAAACCUUCAGUCGCCCUCCCUCUGUCUUUAUGCACUUUAUAUCUCCUGCAGCCAUAAGUUUCCGGCCUUACCUCAGUUUGUACCUAAUGUUUGUACAUGAAGAAUAAUGCAACAUGUCUUUUAGCUUCUGUAAUAUACAAGUCUUCAUUCCUCUCAGUGAUGCAGCACAAUAAACCAAGUUCAACCCGA